AUGGCUCCAGCCGCAGACAUUGAUCUCGACGCUCCUUUCAAGGAGGAUAUUAUCCUUGAAGUUCGGAGUGGUAGAAUGAAGACCAUGCCUGGCUUGACCAUUCAAUCCGGAAUCGACAAGACGAAAUGUGAGGGCGUGGUGACAGUAAAUCAUCUUGGCAUUGACGGCGACGAGCACGAUCCUACGUUUCAUGGGGGAAGAGAUAAAGCCGUUCAUGGCUAUUGCUCGUCGCAUUACCCCCAAUGGCAGACUGAAUAUCCAGAGGCUUCUUCGCGGUUUGUUCCCGGAGGUUUUGGUGAGAAUCUAGUAACGGCGCACAUGAAUGAGCGCAAUGUGUGCAUUGGCGAUGUGAUCUCCGUAGGCGACCCAGAGACUGGGCUCCUCUUGCAGGUCUCGCUGCCGCGACAACCCUGCUUCAAGUUGAACCACCGAUUCCGCCUCAAGAACUUUGCGCCACAGACCUACACGCUCUCUCGUACCGGCUGGUAUUACCGCGUGCUCCGCCCCGGGCCACUCGAGGCCGGCAUGCCUAUUGCGCUCCACGAGCGCAGACACCCCAAGUGGACGAUUGAGCGACUGCAGGAGUACCUCCACCGGAAUCAAGACGACGCCGAGAUGAAUGAAGAACUCAGUCGCAUAGAGGAGAUGGGCGAUGAGGCACGAGGCGCUUUUGUGAAAAGAGUAGCCAAGGCCAAGGCCGCAGCAACUCGCAAGGAGCGAGCCGCCACCGAAGCAGCAGAAGAGUGGAAGAACUACAAGAUCAUCGAAAAGAAGCGACAGACGGACCGAAUCGCCAGCUUCAUCCUCGAGGCAGAGAAGCCCGAUCCCGACGCCACGAGCACCCUGCUAGGCGCCCACGCCCGCCUCAAGCUGCCGAGCGGACUGGUGCGUAGCUACUCGGUGGUCUCGGGCACCGCGAACCGUUUCGAGCUGGGCAUUGCCUUGGAGGAACCCAGCCGUGGGGGAUCGGCAUAUAUGCAUCAGGUUGCGGCCGAGGGCACCAUACUGCCCAUCUCGUCGCAACUGACCAGCGGCGUCCCGAUUUCAUCUGCAUCCUCUACACACACUUUCAUCGCGGGUGGCAUCGGUAUCACUGCCUUCUUGUCCAUGGUCUCCAUGUUCAAAAAAGUACACCUGAACACGACGCUCCACUACGCGGUCCGCUCCGACUCCGACAUACCGUUUCGUGACACGCUCGAUUCGCUCAGCCAGCCGGCGCCCAAUAAGGAUGGUAAGAUCGAGGACAGCUCCGUCCGGGUGGUGCUGUACCACAAAGAUCGUGGCGAGCGGAUGGACCUCGACAAGAUAUUCGGCGAGCUCGGCUGGAAUGGACAUGCCUACGUAUGCGGGCCGAGUAGACUCAUGGACGCUGCCCUGGUCGCGUCCAAGAAAGCUGGCCUUACUGAGGACGAUGUGCACUUUGAGGCGUUUGGCGCUGACACGACCGGCGACCCGUUCGAGGUUGAGGUCUUGAAUCGGGACAGUAAGAUGCUCAAGGUUGACGCAGAAGAAACGCUCUUGGAGGUGCUCCGACGAGAAUUCGGUACCGCACAAGUGGCGAGUAGCUGUGAAGUAGGAAAUUGUGGCACGUGCAAGGUCGCUUUGAAGAAAGGGAGAGUAGAACACAGGGGUUCAGCGCUGCCAGAGGGAGAGAAGGAUGACGCUCUGCUCAGUUGUGUUAGUCGAGGUCUCGGGAAGAUUAGUAUACACAUAUAA